AGGUUUGACAGCUUGAACACUUGAGCUUGAGUGAGGGAAUAUAAAUAACCAAAAAACCAACUGAGAGAAAUCUAUUAUCUUCCCUUGACUUGGGUAUGAGAGAAACUGGUGCUUCCAACAAGUUGUCAGAAUCUGGGCACGAUGAGAGUGUAAGCCUGUUUGACUCCACCAACCAACAGACCUUCACAUUCAAGUGGAGAGAACUCCGUCUGACACCAGAGGAUACCAACGACUUCCCCCGCUGUCGCAGCAAACAUGGCGCCUGUAGACUGGGGGACUACGUGUAUAUGUUCGGGGGCAAAGAUGUGGUUGUGUCCCUAAAAGACUUGUGGCGAUAUAGCCUGGAGAAGAACAAAUGGGAGAGUGUCAGCUACAGUGGGGAAAAGCUACCCCACCUGGAGACCUUCUCAAUGCUGCCCCACAGGAGGCUGAUCUACAUAUUUGGAGGCGAGUUUAGCCUGAGUCAAGAUGAAACUCCACUCUGGGUCUACAACACAGAUCUGCAGUACAUUCGUAAGAUUACCACGCAGACGGGACAGCCACACCCAUCUGGAAGGCGGGACCAUUCCGCUGUCAUCUAUGAAGAUGCCAUGUAUAUUUAUGGGGGCUUUACUGACGUCACUGGAUCUUCCAAUGAACUCUGGAAGUUUAGCUGUGAGAGUGAGGAGUGGCAGCUGGUGUUGUCAGUCCCUGGGGGAGAGGAUGGCCCUGGGGCACGGCACGGCCACACCGCGGUGGUCUACGACAAGUCUAUGUGGGUGUAUGGCGGAAUGACUGACCUGACUCACAAACCUGAGCUCUGGACAUACAGCUUCAAACAGCAGAAAUGGACACGGAUCCGAACCAGAGUGAACCCUCCAGCUUUGAUUGGACACACAGCUGAUGCGGUUGGUGACAGCAUGUUUGUACUAGGGGGAGAAAACUGUGGCCAACCUCAGAGUGCAAUGUGGCGAUUUCACUUUGAGUCUCAAAACUGGGAGAGAGUGGAUUUUCCGACAGGAGUGCUCAGUUCCCGGACACGACACUGUACUGCUCUCAUCCUGCCUCCUCGUCUGGCAGACAGCGAGAAGGAAACCACCCGCUCUGUGUCUCUGCCAGCGCUCCAGAGACGAUCGCGUCAAAGCACUGGGGUACCCGAGCGCCCGCGCACCAGUCCUGCAGGGUGUAGCCGUCCUCUGCAGUCCAGCAACACGAUCGUCUUUAACAACAAAGUCUACCCAAAUGAUUCCUCAUCUGCCUCCUCCAGCCUUUCGUCAACCCCAAAUGAUGUCAAAGCUGUCCGGGAAUUAGGCAAGGGCUGCAAUGGCUCCUCUGACAGGUCUGAAGGUAUUGAGCUGUCCAUAUUUUUCUCCGAGAGGGGUUUUAUGGACACCAAUGACAAGGAGGCUCUUCUGUCAACUGUACACACGCUUUGUGAUAAUCAUGCAGAGGCAGACAACCCAGCCUAUAUGGCCAGCCCAGGUGUUACGGGUAACUUCAAAGUGUUUGACAGUUCUGUUGUUGAUAAGGUGACACCUGGAACUCCUGUCGUCCCCCUAGGUCAUCUGGUGGACGUUAGCAUUCCGACAGACUAUAGCCCGGUUAAUGCACGAAAUAAACUUCAGCUGUCUGCGAAAACACAGCACCAACAUUCCGAGGCCGUUGUUAAGCGUAAAUCUUUUCCUACCGACGACAUUGUCUUGGAGGAUCUGGAACAAGGUGCGACGUUGUCAGAGCUGUUUGAGCAGGAUGAGUUGUUUUUGUGUAGUUCAAAACUUUCACAUUCUGCCACUAUCUCUGGUCAAAUAUCAAAUGCAUGCCAGGCUGUCUCUGGAAAACUGAGGCAAAUGUCAGGUGCACAACAGCCUGCAUAUGUAAAACUGGAAAAGCCUGUUGCAGAAAAACUCUCACAGCCUUCUGCUGAGACAAAAACAGCAAACAAACAAGGCAGAAAAGAUGACUGUCUAACUGAAAGAGCAAUGCCAGUCUGGAAAUCCAGGGCCAAUAACUCUGAGCAAACCACCUCGUUCUCUCCAGUGUGUGCUGAGACGCGGCAGAGGUCACAUGACAACCCAGUCCAGAGGACAGCCUCAGAUGCUUGUCAGAAGUCGUCUAAGCGUGCGCCUAGCUACGUGCUUCAGGACACAGCCUGCAUCUACGUGUUUGGGGGCAGGGAAGGCAAUAGAAGAGAACUGGGUAAGACACCUGUGUCUGUCUUCAGGUGUGAGAUUCCCUUAACGAGCUGAUACUGCCCUGUUUUUUUUUUUGUAAGAAAUACUAGAAUAUGUAUAUACUAGACCUACACGUAAACUGUAGCAAUUUUCAACUGAUACAUUUUGUUUGAUUCUGAUUGGUUCAUCCCCCUUAUAUGUGUAGUGUCGCUGAAGAUUUUUUUAUGAAUUAGUCUGUUAUCAGAAAAGAUUUCUGUGAGUGCCCAAAGCCUUUGUGUACAUCGAAAGCGGAUUUGUACGAACCUCACUUUAGGUGAAAUAAAGUAUGUGUCUGUCAUGUUGGAUUUCUGUAGUCGUGCGUUACAGUACUAUUUAAGUGUGAACGGGGAGAUUUUUUUGGCUAGUUUUAUUUCCACUGACUCUAUUUUAGUACAUUGCUAUUUUUCUGUUUUAUCAUGAUGAUCAAAAGUACAUGUAUCUGGGAAUA